CGCGCCGCCGCCGCCGCCGUGCCGCCCGCCGCCCGCCGCCGCCCGGCCCCCCAGCACGCCGGCCCCGCGCGCGCCUCGAGGCCGACUCAAGCACCACCAGGAGUAACCCAUGAGUACCACGCCAGGACACCAAACACGGCAUUCUGCUCCAAAAGUCACUGUCAGAGACAGUAAAAUGUGGUUGCCAUGCACAGAGGAAAAGGAAACUAUGUUCCAACUUCCUGUCAACAAUCUUGGCAGUUUAAGAAAAGCCCGGAAAACUGUGAAAAAAAUACUUAGUGACAUUGGGUUGGAAUACUGUAAAGAACACAUAGAAGAUUUUAAACAGUUUGAACCUAAUGACUUUUAUUUGAAAAACACUACAUGGGAGGAUGUAGGACUAUGGGACCCUUCACUUACAAAAAACCAGGAUUAUCGGACAAAACCUUUUUGCUGCAGUGCUUGUCCGUUUUCUUCAAAAUUCUUCUCUGCCUACAAAAGUCAUUUUCGGAAUGUCCAUAGUGAAGACUUUGAAAAUAGAAUUCUUCUUAAUUGCCCCUACUGUACCUUCAAUGCAGACAAAAAGACUUUGGAAACACACAUUAAGAUAUUUCAUGCUCCAAACGCCAGCACAUCAAAUAGCAGCCUCAGCACUUUCAAAGAUAAAAGCAAAAACGAUGGCCUUAAACCUAAGCAGGCUGACAGUGUAGAGCAAGCUGUUUAUUACUGUAAGAAGUGCACUUACCGAGAUCCUCUUUAUGAAAUAGUUAGGAAGCACAUUUACAGGGAACAUUUUCAACAUGUCGCAGCACCUUAUAUAGCAAAGGCAGGUGAAAAAUCACUCAAUGGUGCAGUCCCCCUAGGCUCAAAUGCCCGUGAAGAGUGUAGUAUUCACUGCAAACGAUGCCUUUUCAUGCCAAAGUCCUAUGAAGCUUUGGUUCAACAUGUCAUUGAAGACCACGAACGCAUAGGCUAUCAGGUCACUGCCAUGAUUGGGCAUACAAAUGUUGUGGUUCCCCGAGCCAAACCUUUGAUGCUUAUUGCUCCCAAACCUCAAGAGAAGAAGGGCAUGGGACUCCAGUCAAGAAUUGGUUCCCUUGCUUCUGGAAAUGUUAGAUCUUUGCCAUCACAGCAGAUGGUAAAUCGACUCUCCAUACCAAAGCCAAACUUAAAUUCUACAGGAGUCAAUAUGAUGUCUAAUGUUCACCUACAGCAGAACAACUAUAGUGUAAAAUCUGUAGGUCAGGGCUAUGGCGUUGGUCAGUCAAUGAGAUUGGGUCUUGGUGGCAAUGCCCCUGUUUCCAUUCCUCAACAGUCACAGUCUGUAAAACAGUUACUUCCAAGUGGAAAUGGCAGGUCUUAUGGGCUUGGGACAGAGCAGAGAUCCCAGGCACCAGCCAGAUAUUCCCUACAGUCAGCUAAUUCCUCUUCACUUCCAGCAAGCCAGUUAAAAUCUCCUUCCCUCUCCCAGUCCCAGGCAUCUAGAAUGUUAGGUCAGUCCAGUUCUAAGCCGACUGUUGCUGCCACAGGGCCUCCUCCAGUCAAUACAUCCUCAACUCAAAAAUGGAAAAUAUGUACAAUCUGUAAUGAGCUUUUUCCUGAAAAUGUCUAUAGUGUGCACUUCGAAAAAGAACAUAAGGCUGAGAAAGUUCCAGCAGUAGCAAAUUACAUUAUGAAAAUACACAAUUUUACUAGCAAAUGCCUCUACUGUAAUCGAUAUCUGCCCACAGAUACCUUGCUUAACCACAUGUUAAUUCAUGGUUUGUCUUGUCCUUACUGCCGUUCAACUUUCAAUGAUGUGGAGAAGAUGGCAGCUCACAUGCGGAUGGUUCACGUUGACGAAGAAAUGGGACCUAAAACAGAUUCCACUCUAAGUUUUGAUUUGACAUUGCAGCAGGGUAGUCACACCAAUAUCCACCUCCUUGUAACCACAUACAAUCUGAGGGAUGCCCCUGCUGAAUCUGUUGCUUACCACGCCCAAAAUAACCCACCAGUCCCUCCAAAACCACAGCCAAAAGUACAGGAAAAGGCUGAUAUCCCCAUCAAAAGUUCCCCUCAAGCUGCAGUGCCCUAUAAAAAGGAUGUUGGGAAGACACUUUGCCCGCUCUGCUUUUCCAUCCUGAAAGGACCCAUAUCUGAUGCACUUGCUCAUCAUUUGCGAGAGAGGCACCAAGUAAUUCAGACAGUUCAUCCAGUAGAGAAAAAGCUCACCUAUAAAUGUAUUCAUUGCCUUGGUGUUUACACCAGCAACAUGACCGCCUCAACCAUCACUCUGCAUUUGGUUCACUGCAGGGGUGUCGGGAAGACCCAGAAUGGCCAAGAUAAGACAGCUGCGCCCUCUCGGCUUAAUCAGUCACCAGGCCUGGCACCCGUGAAGCGCACUUACGAGCAAAUGGAAUUUCCCUUGCUGAAAAAGCGAAAGUUAGAUGAUGAUAGUGAUUCCCCCAGCUUCUUCGAAGAGAAGCCUGAGGAGCCUGUUGUUUUAGCUUUAGACCCUAAGGGUCAUGAAGAUGAUUCUUAUGAAGCCAGGAAAAGCUUUCUAACAAAGUAUUUCAAUAAACAGCCCUAUCCCACCAGGAGAGAAAUUGAGAAGUUGGCGGCCAGUUUAUGGUUGUGGAAAAGUGAUAUUGCUUCCCAUUUUAGCAACAAGAGGAAGAAGUGUGUCCGAGACUGUGAGAAGUACAAGCCUGGAGUGUUGUUGGGCUUCAAUAUGAAAGAAUUAAACAAAGUUAAGCAUGAGAUGGAUUUUGAUGCUGAGUGGCUCUUUGAAAAUCAUGAUGAAAAGGAUUCCAGAGUCAAUGUUAGUAAAACUGCUGACAAGAAGCUCAACCUCGGGAAGGAAGAUGACAGUUUCUCGGAUAGUUUUGAAAACUUGGAAGAAGAAUCCAAUGAAAGUGAUAGCCCAUUUGACCCUGUUUUUGAGGUUGAGCCGAAAAUCCCUAAUGAUAACCCAGAGGAACAUAUACCGAAGGUCAUUUCUGAGGAUGUUUUAGAAUCUGAGGAGAAGCUAGACCAAAAAGAGGAGGAAGGUUCGAAAUAUGAAACGAUUCAUUUGACUGAGGAGCCUGCCAAAUUAAUGCCUGAUGCUUCUGAUAGUGAGGUUGACCAAGAUGAUGUUGAAUGGAAAGAUGGUGCUUCUCCAUUGGAGAGUGGGCCUGGUUCCCAACAGGUGUCAGACUUUGAGGACAAUACAUGUGAAAUGAAACCAGACACGUGGUCAGAUGACUCUUCCCAGAGUGAGGAUGCAAGGAGCAGUAAGCCAGCUGCCCAAAAAAAGGCUCCCAUGCCAGGUGACACAGAGCAGUUGAAAUGGAAGAAUAGUUCCUAUGGAAAAGUUGAAGGGUUUUGGUCCAAGGACCAGUCACAGUGGAAGAAUGCAUCUGAAAACGAUGAGCGCUUAUCCAACCCACAGAUCGAGUGGCAGAAUAGCACAAUUGACAGUGAGGAUGGAGAACAGUUUGACAAUAUGACUGAUGGAGUAGCUGAGCCAAUUCAUGGUGGCUUAACUGGAGUUAAACUGAGCAGCCAGCAGGCAUAAAUGU